GUGACCUACGUAUAAAACCGGACGGGGAUCUCACCGACUCGGUACAGCAAGGAAAGCUCGCAAGAUGAAGCUUUUCUAUCAAGGAGUUCUCCUUUUAGGAACUCUAGCUGCCGUCACAUCAGGGUAUGGGUCGGCUAAAGACGGGAGAUGUCCCCGCGUGGAGAGGGUUGGCUGCGACAGUGUGGACCAGUUCUUGGGGUUAGGCUGCUUCAUGGACAUCGAGUGUAAUGGUACCGAUAAGUGCUGUAGCGACGGGUGUGGAGGGUACACGUGCAAACCCGCAAUCCUCCCACCGAGACCAGGAGACGAGACCUGUCCGAAAGACGACUCCUUUGUGAGUGAAUCGAACGGCUGCAAAAAUAAAAGGACCAAGUUCUGCUUCAAGGGGAACUGCAGAAAAUGCUGUUUCGCACAGACUUCGUGCAAUCCAAAGCCAUCCGCAUUGUCUACAAUAAGUGAAUGCGAGAAAGAGCUGUGCGCCAGUAAGAGAUGCCCCCUUCAGGGUCAGAUCUGUGUGAUGGACAAACACUUCAAUAUCGCCAAGUGCAAGUGCCCACAAGGCUGCCCCGCCCCCAAUGGGGACGAGACGGUAUGUGGAACAGAUGGAAUCAGCUACCCCUCCCCCUGCGAAAUGAAUUUGACUGCUUGCGUCUUGGGCGAUAGGAUCGCUGUUGAGUACAAGGGUCGGUGUAGAAAUGAUCGUAACCUGGUCAAGGUGAGCCCAUCCCACCAAAACCAACAAAAGCUGGUUGCCGGUAAAGAAGGCAAAGUGAUUUGCCAGUUUGUUGGGAACCCUGUGCAGAUCAUCUGGGACAAGAUCGGACUUCAGCGCUUGCCCCCGAGGCGUAUGGUCCCUGAUCGUGACUCGCUCGUGAUCAAGAGCGUGCUACAAGAGGAUGCUGGGGGAUACAUGUGCAGCGCAUUCGACGGCAGCACCGCUAUUACCGCAACAGUCAACGUCACGGUCACAGUACCGAACCGUUCGAGCUCUAAGAAUAUCGUUCCGCGUAGCGUGUGUUUGCAGCCGUCCUUAAUCGGCACUGGCUUCGCCUUUAAAGUCCACUUCUUCUACAACGCCGCGAAGCGCUUGUGUGAGCCGUUUGUGUACAGCGGUAUGGGUGGGAACAAGAACAACUUCAAAGACAAGGACACAUGCCAGCAAGCCUGCAUGCAUUCAGCCACUCAGGUGUGCAGCCUGCCUAAACUGACCGGUCCUUGUAUGGCGAGAUUCAUCAGAUGGCAUUACGACAUGAGGUCCAGCGAGUGCAAAAUGUUCACGUACGGAGGUUGCCAAGGAAACGCCAAUAACUUUGAGAGCAAAGCUGCUUGUCUGAAGAAAUGUUCAGCUAAAGAGAUUUGCGAUCUGCCUGCGGAGGCUGGUUCAUGCGAUGGUCACAUGCCACUGUACUUUCACAACUCUACUUCCGGGCUUUGUGAGAAGUUCCACUACAGCGGCUGCGAGGGUAACGCUAACCGCUUCCCUUCCAUGAAGAAGUGUCAGAGAAAGUGUAUGAAAGCGCUGAAAGGAUUCCAUGACAGCAAAGCCGACAAGCGUGGCAUGUGUCCUCCCGCCGAUGUUGACGUCACAAGCUGUCCAAAUAGCGUUAGCGACAGAUGCUUCAACGACGCGGAUUGUCGAGGUAACCGCAAGUGCUGCUUCACCGGAUGUCACAUGGCCUGUCUCAAACCAAUGAAAAAGAAGCACAGUCAGGAAAAGAAGGUUGCCAAACUUGGCACCUGCCCUGCUCCUACGUUCUCUGGAAAGCUUUGCAGUGAGCCCUACCUAACUGACAUGUGUAGCGUUGACCUGGACUGCCCAGGAAAGCGUAGGUGUUGUUAUAACGGCUGUAAUCACGAGUGUCUCAUCCCUAUCAAGCUCCCAAUGGCACGGCCAAAGCCUGGCAUCUGCCCAAUACAGGACUAUAUCGACCCCAGUCUUUGCAAGAGUACGCGGGAUGAGUGCCAGACUGACGCCGAUUGCUUCGGCAGACGCAAGUGCUGUUUUAGCGGAUGCGCCAUGGAGUGUAUGGAAACUCCAGGCAGUAUACCUAGACCCGGACAGUGUCCGAUGGUGGACGAGACAGAUCCGGAAAUGUGUCCAGAUGAUGAGGCUGAUAAGUGUCAGAUUGAUGACCAGUGUCCGGGCAAUGAUAAAUGUUGUUUCACGGCAUGUAUCAUGGAGUGUAUUACACCUCCUGGAAUGGAAAUAAGACCUGGUAAGUGCCCGAAGCCAUGGAAGGGCAAGGAUGGUAUCUGCGAUAGAAGAGGCGACAUGUGUUCACGAGACUCUGAUUGCACCAAUGAUUGGAAGUGUUGCUUCAACGGCUGCCAGAAUGAUUGUAUCCAACCCGUGACAGACGUGCGCCCGGACAAUAGAUCUGCAGAUUGUCCCGCCCCCUGGAAGGGGUUAGAUGGGAUCUGUGAUCGCAUGGGCGACCAAUGCCAGAGCGAUAUCGAGUGUCGUCCGAAUCAGCAAUGCUGUUUUAACGGCUGCCAAAAACAGUGCAUCAAGCCUGGAGAGGUAGUUCGCCCGGACAACAGGUCAGAAGCCUGCCCUGCUCCGUGGAAGGGAUUAGAUGGGAUCUGUGAUCGCAUGGGCGACCAAUGCAAGAGCGAUAGCGAGUGUCGUCCAAAUCAGCGAUGCUGUUUUAACGGCUGCCAAAAACAGUGCAUCAAACCUGGAGAGGUAGUUCGCCCGGACAACAGGUCAGAAGCCUGCCCCGCUCCGUGGAAGGGAUUAGAUGGGAUCUGUGAUCGCAUGGGCGACCAAUGCCAGAGCGAUAGCGAGUGUCGUCCAAAUCAGCAAUGCUGUUUUAACGGCUGCCAAAAACAGUGCAUCAAACCUGGAGAGGUAGUUCGCCCGGACAACAGGUCAGCAGCCUGCCCCGCCCCGUGGAAGGGAUUAGAUGGGAUCUGUGAUCGCAUGGGUGACCGAUGUCAACGAGAUGGCGAUUGCCGUCAAGGUCAACAGUGCUGCUUUAAUGGAUGCCAGAUGGACUGUAUUGCGCCAAAGAACGAACUCGGACCAGACAAGCCGGGCAAGUCGUUGGGAAGAUGUCCAAAGCCAUGGAAAGAUGACAAGUAUUGUGAUAGAAUGGGCGACCUCUGCAAAGACGACAAGGACUGCUUUGGGAAUUUCAAAUGCUGCUUCACCGGCUGCCAGUAUGACUGUGUCAAACCCGUGAACUUGACAACAUGUCAGUUGGAAAAACAAAAGGCUGAUGACCAGCUGUCUGGUGAUGUACCAAUUGGUGGUCUUUUUGUGCCUCGGUGUGCCGACGACGGAAGCUACCUUCCCGUCCAGUGCCACGACUCGGUUGGUCAGUGCUGGUGUGUGGACAAGAACGGGCUAGAGAUAGAUGGGACACGCAUGCGCGGAACGCCCAAAUGCAACGUUACUAUUGAGAAAAACAAGACGCACUGCCAGAAGAAACUAGAAAAAGCCCUUGGAGCAGAGGGUGUGGCCCCACCUGGUCGCUUCGUACCCCUCUGCAACGACGACGGUAGUUACGCGGACGUGCAGUGUCACGGAUCAACAGGCUACUGCUGGUGUGUCCACCCGGACAACGGACAAGAAGUGACAGGGACACGACAGAGAGGACAGCCCGACUGCUCCGACGCAGCUCUGAGCAAGUGCCAGCGGCAUUACCGUGACAACCUGAUCUACCCACCGAUUGGUCGCUUCCUGCCCAAGUGUAAACCCAACGGUAACUACGAUGAGGUGCAGUGCCACGGCUCCACAGGCUUCUGCUGGUGUGUGGAUAUGGACGGUGUGGAGCUAUUAGGAUCCAAGAUAAGGGGACCGCCGAACUGCACUGCUUUGGUGUCUGGUCCCCGUGCUGGGAUGUGUCCUAUGCCAUGGAAGGGGCUCACCGGGGCUUGUGAUUACCGCGGUGACAUGUGUGACAAGGACACCGACUGCCAAAUGCCACAGAAAUGCUGCUUCAACGGAUGCCAGAAGGACUGCGUCAAGCCAGGUGCUAACAAGACCGUGUGUCAAAGUCAGUUGGAGGCCGCUCUUGGUCCAGACGGCAUCGCCUCUCCCGGCCGCUUCGUCCCCCUUUGCACCUCAGAGGGAAAGUUUGCGGACGUGCAGUGUCAUGGAUCAACAGGCUACUGCUGGUGUGCCCACCCGGACAACGGACAAGAAGUGAUCGGGACACGACAGAGAGGACAACCGGACUGCUCCGACGUAGCUCUGAGUAAGUGUCAGCGGCAUUACCGUGACAACCUGAUCUACCCACCGAUUGGCCGCUUCCUUCCCACGUGUAAACCCGACGGUAACUACGAGAAGAUGCAGUGUCACGGCUCCACAGGUUUUUGCUGGUGUGUGGACGCGGACGGAGCCGAGCUUGUUGGGUCCAGAUUAAGAGGAAAACCUCUGUGCAACUCUAGCGAUCCUUGCGAUAAUGUGAGCUGCGAUUACUACGCUCAGUGCCAGGUGGAGGAUGACGGUAGUACUUCAUGUAAGUGCCCGAUCUUCUGCACCUACGAGUACAUGCCUGUGUGUGGUACAGACGGCAAGACGUACGGCAACAAGUGUGAGAUGCGAGCCAGCGCCUGCCUCAAGAGCACCAUGGUCACUGUCGCCUACCCUGGGGAGUGCGAGUCAAACGACCCCUGCGGCAAGCGCCGCUGUGGUUUCUACGCGCAGUGUGAAGUUGUGAACGGAUCUGCUCAGUGUGUCUGUCCGAGUAUUUGUCCGCUCCACUAUUCGCCGGUCUGUGGCUCGGACGGCAACAUGUACAGUAACGAGUGCGCGAUGCGUGCAGCGGCAUGCAAACAGCAGAAGAUGAUAACGCCCUCACUACCCUCUAAGUGCAAGCUGGAUGAUCCUUGUGACGUCACGCUGUGUAGCCAUCCUCUUCAGAAGUGCAUCCUCGUUUCCGGGGUCCCUCGAUGCGAAUGUCCCAUGUUCAAGUGUUCGGCCAAUCGAUCCGAUGUGUGCGGAUCGGACAGGAUGACCUACUCUAACGAGUGCACGCUGACCCAGACUGCAUGCCAAGAGAGCAAGAACUUGACAGUUGUGAGCCAAGGACCUUGCCCGCCUAAUCCCAAGCUGGCUAGUGGCCAACCCCUGGAUCCAUGUGAAAUCUCCCUGUGCAGUCACCCUCAGCACACGUGCCAUAACAUCGACAACACUGCCGUAUGCAAGUGUCGACAGAUGAUGACCGCGGACUAUACGCCCGUGUGCGCGUCAGACGGGAAAACCUACCCUAACCGCAUGUCCAUGGAGAACGCAGGAUGCGAGAAGAACAUGAUCUUGAGGAUCGUCAGCCAGGGAGAAUGCCCAAAGGCGGUGGACCCAUGUGAGAUUACCCUGUGUGACAAGGGAAAGAGGUGCUUGCUUGUUAACGGGACGGCCACGUGCGAGUGCUUCAGUGCGUGUCCCGAUAUCUACGACCCCGUGUGCGCGUCUAACGGCAAGACCUACUCGAACAGGUGCGACAUGGACGCGGACGCCUGCAUCCGGGACACCAAGCUCACGGUCGUCAGCCAAGGCGCUUGUGCUAAGUUGGGCAAGUGUCCGAAGCCAUGGAAGGGACUGUCCGGAAUGUGCGACAAGCGCGGCAGCAUGUGCGAUGCGGACGACCAGUGUCCCGGACAGCAUAAAUGCUGCUUCAACGGUUGCCAGAAAGACUGCGUGCUCAUGACAGAUGCUCUAGUCUGUCCUAAGCCAUGUGGCCCUAAUGCAGAGUGUGUGGAAUUCAUGAACAGUGAGAGACGCUGCCUGUGUAAGCCUGGCUUUGUGCAAGUCGGCAUGGAGUGCAAAGAAAACCCAUGUAAUCUCAUCGACUGUGGUCCCUAUUCCAAAUGUUACGUGAACAACGGCGUUGCAGUGUGUAAGUGCCCCCCGUCGAUAUGCAGCCCUGUCAUUUCUCCUGUGUGUGGAUCGGACGGCAAGAUCUACAAGGAUGACUGCGAGUUAAGGAAAACCGCCUGCGAGUCCAAGAAGAAUAUUGUUGUGGCAGAUAAGGACUCUUGUAAAGCUCAAGAUCCAUGCGAGAUCUCUCUGUGCAGUCACCCCCUGCAGACCUGCAUCAACAUGAACGGCUCUGCCGCUUGUGUAUGCCAGCCACGCCCAUGCACGGCGGACUACAGACCUGUGUGCGCGUCCGACGGACAGACAUACCCUAACGUGUGCACCAUGGACUCCGCCGGCUGCCAGAAGAGCAUGAACUUGAAGGUUGUUAGGAACGGGACGUGUGUUAGGAAGGAGCCCAAGAACCCGUGCGGGAACAUCAAAUGCACCCACAAACAGCAGCAGUGUGUCGUCAGGUCCGGCGAGCCCAUGUGCGAGUGCGUUGUGAACGAGUGCCCCAAGAAUUCGUCCAAAGUGUGUGGCUCGGACGGGUGGACUUACGACAACGAGUGCUUCCUAAAGCUGUACACGUGCAGACAGGGCAAGGACGUCAAGGUCCAACAGAUGGGCGAGUGUCCAGCCAAGAUAAGCGUGUCGCAAGACCCGUGCGAUAUCUCGCUGUGUACACACCCACAGCACAAGUGCCGCGUUCUGGUGAAUAACACUGCCGAGUGCGUGUGUCGUACGGUCACCACUCUAGAGUACCGGCCCGUGUGCGCAUCUGACGGCAAGAUCUACCCAAACCGCAUGACCAUGGAGAACGCAGGAUGCGAGAAAAACAUGGUGCUGAGGGCCGUCAGUCAAGAUCAGUGUACCCCCGAUCCAUGUAGCCUGUCCCUAUGCAGCCACCCCGUCCAGCAGUGCAGGAUGGUAAAUAACACGCCCACCUGCCAGUGCCCUAUGGCGGUCACCGCUGACUACAACCCAGUGUGCGGCUCAGACGGCAGGACGUACCCCAACAGAGCCAGCAUGGAGGUCCAGGGCUGCCUCAAGAACACAGUACUGAAGAUCGUCAGCCAGGGAGAGUGCCGCAGCCCCCAGGAUCCUUGCGAGAUCUCGCUGUGCGCACACCCUAAGCACGAAUGUGUAGUCCGUUACGGGCAGCCUGUGUGCGUGUGUAACGAGGCAUGUACCCGCGAGUACGCGCCCGUGUGCGGGUCAGACGGCAAGACCUACCCAAACCCUUGCGCCCUGGAGGUAGAGAGCUGCAAGACAAACACACGCAUUUCCGUCAUCAAGAAAGGAUCCUGCGAUCUGAGCUGCCCAAUGAAGUGCGAUAGACAUGCGCACUGCGUCGAGUUUGUGGUAGGCGGGCGCAGGUGUGUGUGCGACGAUGGAUAUUUCGGCAACGGAACCGUCUGUCUCGAUGACUCCGCCCUGUCCGACCCGUGCGAUAUCGCCCUAUGCAGCUUUCCCCAAUCCAUCUGCGUGAACGUGAACGGCACCGCCACUUGCGAGUGUCCGCGCGCGUGCACGCGUGAGCUGAUGCCCGUGUGUGGCACGGAUCAGAAGACGUACGACAACAUGUGCCUUCUGGAGAGAGCGGCGUGCAAGGACGACGGACUGAUGCUGGCCCAUGAGGGGCCGUGCCCGACAAAAGUCAACGAAUCUUCCGUAAGCCCGUGCGAGAUCUCUUUGUGUAGCUUCCCUCGUCCUAUCUGUGUUGAGGUGAAUGGCACUGCCACGUGCGAGUGUCCGAAGGUGUGUACGCUUGACUACACACCUGUGUGUGGCUCGGACAACAAGACCUACGCUAAUCUCUGCAACCUCGAGGUGGAGGCCUGCAAACCAGAAAACACUGACAAACUCCAGCUGCUACACGAUGGACCCUGCCCGCCCACCCCAGAUAAUACCUCACCACCUCUCGACCCCUGCGAGAUAACGCUGUGCGCCUUCCCUCGCACGAAGUGUCGCGUGAAGGAUAACACAGCCGUGUGCGAGUGCCCAAAAGCGUGCACGCGCGAGUACAAGCCAGCCUGCGGGACGGACGGAAACACCUACCCGAACCGGUGCGUCCUGGCCAUACAGUCCUGUGAAACCGGAGAGAAACUGCAGCUUGCACACGACGGCCCUUGCCCACCUAAAGGUAACUCAUCUGAGGUGAAUCCGUGCGAUAUCGCCCUGUGUAGCUUCCCUCACACCCGCUGUGUCGAGGUGAACGGUACGGCGACGUGCGAGUGCCCGAAGGCGUGUACGCGCGAGUACAGGCCCGUGUGCGGCACGGACGGAAAGACCUACCCAAACCCCUGCAUACUGGAGAUGAAGGCGUGCAAACCGGAAAACAUGGAUAAGUUACAAUGGGCACAUGACGGACCUUGUCCACCAAACAUCUCUCGGUCUGCAGACCCGGGCCCACCCUACACGGGCAAGUGCCCCCCAGUUGAUCCUAGACCGUGCCCAAGGCCUCGACCGGGACGACCAGGGUCGCCCCCAGGAGCGCCCGGGUCGCGGCGAACCUGCUCAGCUAACGAAGAUUGUCCACCGUCUUUGAUCUGUUGUCAUGACGGCUGCAUUAAGAAGUGCAUAGUGCCUUUACCCCCUCCCCCACCAGUCGGCAAUCCUUGCAAGUUCACUCUGUGCGCUAAGCCGUACAUGAAGUGCGUGGUGCGUGAUGGUCGGCCUGUGUGCGAGUGUCCCAUGGCAUGUACCCGCGAAUACGCGCCAGUGUGCGGGUCAGACGGUAAGACCUAUCCCACCGAGUGCGUCAUGCAAGUAGACGCUUGCAGCAAGAACAAGGACAUCAAAGUCGCCUUCAAAGGAACAUGCGACGAUCCUUGUAAGUUCACUCUGUGCGCUAAGCCGUACAUGAAGUGCGUGGUGCGUGAUGGUCAGCCUGUGUGCGAGUGUCCCAUGGCAUGUACCCGCGAGUACGCGCCAGUGUGCGGAUCAGACGGUAAGACCUAUCCCACCGAGUGCGUCAUGCAAGUAGACGCUUGCAGCAAGAACAAGGACAUCAAAGUCGCCUUUAAAGGAACAUGCGACGAUCCUUGCAAGUUCACUCUGUGUGCUAAGCCGUACAUGAAGUGUGUGGUGCGUGAUGGUCAGCCUGUGUGCGAGUGUCCCAUGGCAUGUACCCGCGAGUACGCGCCAGUGUGCGGAUCAGACGGUAAGACCUAUCCCACCGAGUGCGUCAUGCAAGUAGACGCUUGCAGCAAGAACAAGGACAUCAAAGUCGCCUUUAAAGGAACAUGCGACGAUCCUUGCAAGUUCACUCUGUGUGCUAAGCCGUACAUGAAGUGUGUGGUGCGUGAUGGUCAGCCUGUGUGCGAGUGUCCCAUGGCAUGUACCCGCGAGUACGCGCCAGUGUGCGGAUCAGACGGUAAGACCUAUCCCACCGAGUGCGUCAUGCAAGUAGACGCUUGCAGCAAGAACAAGGACAUCAAAGUCGCAUCCAAAGGAGAAUGCCCUCCCAAACCGGGCGUCUGUCCUCCUGUGGAGAUAUGCCCCAGUCCCAACAAUCGACAUAGCGACUACUGCCGGACUGACAGCGACUGCUUGGGCGCAGGAAAGUGUUGCCAGACAGGCUGCGGACGAGACUGUAUCGGCGGACCAAGGGGCACGGUAACUCCUGCCGGACGACCAGGGGGGCGACCAGGGUCGAACCCAGUGGGACCCCCCAGCGGCAGACCGGGGAGUAACCAUGGGGGAAUGCCCGGAGGACGGAGACCUUGAAUAGGUCGUCGAAUGCGCACACCCACCCCGGGUGUACAAACUAUGAAAGCCUGGACACGACAUGAACAACAAGAUAACGUUCCAUAAUUAUAGUUCUGUUUAGUUUUGCCACAUUAUUUUGUUAUAAGUUAAGCUUUUAAAACGGAUUUAUAAAGACAUGACAGGUUUUAAUUUUAGAUUCGCGUUUAUUUUUGAAACGAUUUAUUACCUUUUAAUUUUGUGAUCUCUCCAAUAUGCACAUCUUUAAGAACAUACUGUUUAAAUUUAAAUUUUUAAUUGAUUCUCAUCGAUUGUGGUGAACAAAAUUUUAUGAAGAAAUUACAACAUAUUUUGUGCGAAUAACAGUAUUUUGUAAUAAACCAUGGACAUGUUUCUA